CAAAAUUUACAAAUUGCUAAAAGAGAUAAAUAUUUUACCUCAACUACCUACAAUCAAAAAUCUUAUUACAAAAUCCAUUUAUACCUUGGAACUCCAGCUCAGAAAGUAGGUCUCUUACUUGAUACUGGCUCAUCCGAUUUAUGGGUUCACUCAAAUAUUGGUGAAAUGAAUUAUUCAGCUGAAUUGGGUUUAUACAAUCAAGCUGCCUCGUCAACUUGGGUUAAAUCAAAAACUCCAUUUGAAAUAAGCUAUUUUGAUACUACUUUUGCUUCGGGCGUUUAUGGAAAUGACAUUGUUCGUCUAGGAACUCAAUCCAACUUUCCACAGAUUAAAAACAUGUUUAUGGGCUUGAGUCAAGAAUCUAACUCAUCUCAAGCUGUGAUGGGCAUUGGCUUGAGGAAUCUUGUGGGCUACAACAAUUUUCCAUACAGAUUGAAACAGAGUGGUUAUAUCAACAAAACUUUGUAUUCAUUAUAUCUAAAUGACACCAAUUCAAAGACUGGCUCAAUCUUAUUUGGUGCUAUUGAUCGCUCAAAGGUUCUUGAUGGUUUGGUUACUUUGCCAAUUGUUAACCCAUCCUCUUCAAAAUCAAAACCUACCCAUUUUUAUGUUAAGAUGACUUCAUUAUCAAUUGAAAAUAACAGAGCUAAAAAGAUUUUAUCUUCUAAUAACCCCAAUGCAAUUGCUCCCAACUCUUUUGUUUUACUAGACUCUGGUACCUCAUUAAUUCAUCUUCCAAACAUUCCAAAAAAAUUUAAAUUGUCCCAAUCCAUCGAACUUGUUAAUCUUGACAGUUCCUAUUUCUUGUAUAGGGAAUGUAGUGAUUUGGAGUCUGCUUUUUCAACAAAAAAAUUGUUUUUUAUCUUUGGAAAAAAAGUAAUCGAUGUUCAUAUGCUGUCAUUAAUUGGUCAAUUAUCAAAUGAAGAUGGAGUUUCGUACUGCAGAUUAUCAAUUAUUGGAAAUGAUCAAAAUAAAAGUAUCUUGGGUGCCUCAUUUUUAAGAUAUGCCUAUGUUCUGUAUAAUUUAGAUGAUUUGGAAAUAUCUUUAGGCCAAGCAAAUUUU